AUGCCAAAGAAUAAAGGAAAAGGAGGAAAGAAUCGAAGGAGAGGAAAAAAUGAUAGUGAGGGUGACAAGAGAGAGCUAGUAUUUAAAGAGGAAGGACAAGAGUAUGGACAAGUUCAGAGAAUGUUGGGUAAUGGGCGACUUGAUGCAUAUUGCUUUGAUGGGCAGAAACGUCUCUGCCAUAUUAGGGGCAAAAUGAGAAAGAAGGUUUGGGUAAAUCCUGGCGAUAUUGUAUUAGUUUCUCUUAGAGACUUUCAAGAUUCAAAAGGCGAUAUUAUUCUUAAAUAUACCCCAGAUGAAGCUAGAGCAUUAAAAUCUAAAGGUGAAAUUCCCGAAACAACAAAGAUCAAUGAAUCUGAUAUCUUCGAAGAUGGGUAUGAUGAAGUCGGAAUUGAGUUUGAUGAAACAGAAGGAGUUGAUAUUGAAGACAUUUAA